AUGUGGGUGCCCUACAAUGCCAAGGGAUUUGGGAAAACUAGCCCCCAUUUUAGGAGAUACCUCAAACAGCAACCCAAGAGAGCCGCGUUGCCAUUGGCUGGCCGCGCCGGGGGCUGGGCCGCGGGCGGGGCGGGGGCGCAUCUCCCAGGGCCCGGGCGGCGCGCGCGGUCAUUCGGCCAGGGGAGGGGAGCGCGGCGAGCGGGCGGUCAGGCGCGGCUGCAGACUGCACCUUCAAACGUGAAGAAUUUGGAUAAGAACCAAGAGGCAGUUAAUGAUCCAAAUAAAAGGGUGACUCCUGUGAACCCUAACCCUUUACAGCCUUCAGAAAAAACAAGUCAAAUAAUUAAUUUGUCAGAGGAUCUUGUUAAGUUUGUUUCUGAAAGUAACAUUGAUGAUGUUAUGGUGAUUACUGUGGCAAAUCCCCAUCUGAAAAAUUCAGUAACAUCACAUCCAACAGAGAUUAGAAAAACUACACCGGAAAAUUUCAAAAAUUCACCUAAUGCCAAAUUUGAUGGAGGGGUUGUAGAAAAGAAGAAACUUGAGUUCGUUAUUGACUUGACAAGAGAAGGCCUAUCUACUUGCAACACAGAAAAUCCAGCUCCUGUUCUGAUGCCUCCUUCGAAAGCUGAUUUAAGCCCAAAAGCAAUAACCCCCGUGGCAGAAAAUGGAGUUGAGGAGUCUGGUUCCUUUGACCACCUGCCACCUCUCCCAGAGCCACCACCCAUACUCCGUGAGCUGACAGACAACGUCUUAGACACACUUCCUCCCCAAAAGCCCGAGCUGAGAGUGAAGCAGAUUCUGAGGCCCUGGGGCAUAGCCCUGACGUGGAACAUCCCAAAGAUAAACCCCAGGUGCGCUCCUGUGGAAAGCUACCACCUCUUUCUGUGCUACGAGAGCUCUAAGGACAAGCUAACUUGGAAGAAAAUUGGAGAAAUUAAAGCUUUACCACUGCCUAUGGCCUGUACUUUAUCUCAGUUUUUAACUGCCAGCAAAUACUAUUUUACCAUCCAAUCAAAAGACAUUUUUGGGCGAUAUGGACCAUUCUGUGAUAUAAAAUGUAUUCCUGGGUUUUCGGAAAACCUUACCUAAAAGUCCUCUAAUUGUAUGUUAUGUGCUACGUGUCGUUUUGUGUUUUCCUGUGAGUUCUCUGCGUACAAUUCCUCUAACACUACUUGCCAUUCCAGGUUGUGAACCCUUUGUGUGGGGACAGCCUCCCAUAGGCUGCAAGUGUCAUUUCAUGAAUUUGUAACUCCAUUCCGUAUGUAUUCCACUGUGCAUGCUCUCAAGACCUGUUGCUGUGGACCUUUACUGCUGCUGUGUUCUCCCAUGGUUGCUGUGGACCUGCUGCUAUGGACAACCAAUUAACUGUUGGUGACUUGCUUAGCUACAAGUAAAGCCAGGCCUUUGAGGCUAGAUCAUCACUAGGGUGCAUCUACCAUGAAUUAGUGCAAAGAAAUGUCUUUUGCAUUCUUUUACAAUGAAGUGAACAAUUAUUUUGUGCCCUUUAUUAUUUUAUAUUCAGUUGUGUCAGUCAUUUGGUGGAAUGGUCUGGAUGCUUUGCCCUAGUCUGUUUGUGUAUGUUAACAAAAUUGUGUUAAACCUAGUGUGCUGUGCACACAGAAACCUAGUGUCUCAUAAAAACACUUCCCAGCCUGCUAUUUGGUUUUGAAGAGAACUGCUUUAGAUACAAGGCUUUGAUCUGUCAAUUCACUUUCCUUCGCUGGGUUCCUGGCAGUUAUCAGUACACCUGGGGGAACACACCAAGGGUGCUAAUAGGUGGAUUUCAUGCAUACUUCUCAUGGGAGCUGUGCUGUGAGAUACAGGCAGCCAAGAAAUGGUGCUGAACAGAGACUUGAUAUCUUUGUUUGUUUUUGUUUUUGAGGUUUGAAAUAUUUAAAUCAGGGCCCUCAGGACACAAACUAGAUAGCUAAUAGUUGGGAUGUUGAAAAAACAAAAAUUGUUCUAACGUAAUUAAAAACAAAAGAUUGUGUUUUUUUUUAAAGUGGGACAUCCUCUCCUGAUACAGAGGGAAAGUUCUGAGGUAUAGCCCAAUAAAAAGCGAAUUGGUUUUCUUGGUUCUUGAGUGCCUUCAUGUUUUCAGUCAUAAAGAUGUUAUUUUUGUUAGUUUCCUCUCUCUUUAUAAAUAAAUGUCUCAGCCUUGGUUUGUUA